AUGGGAAAAAUUAGUAAAGUUUGGCAGCAUUUCGACAAGCACAACAAAUUAGAAGCAAAAUGUAAAUUAUGUGGGAAAAUAUGCCCAACUGCAGGAAAUACUUCAAAUUUACAUUCGCACCUCAAAAAUGUUCACUCCAUACCAAAAAAAAAUAACACUAAUUCUAGUGAUAAUCCUGAUGAUCCUGGUUGUAGAAGUGAAAUAUUAAGUAUGGACUCAGAAUCAACUUCGGAUACUUCGGAUAAUUCAAGUAACAAUAGUUCUGUUUCUUCUUUACAACGCCAUCCUCAUUGUUUUCAACCGUCUAUCAGACAUAGCUUCAAGCAUAUUUCGUCAAUGAAAGGUACAUUAGGUGUUGUAGAGCUAUAUGAGAGGCAUACAGCAGAAUACAUCAGUCAAGUGUUUUGUACUAUAUUAUCACAGUGGGGAAUAAAUGUCGACCAAGUCAUUGCUAUUGUAACAGAUAACGGAGCAAAUAUAAAGAAGGCAGCAUGUGAAACUUUUGGUGUAGAAAAAUAUAUUCCAUGCUUCGCUCAUACAAUUAAUUUGGUUGUGACCAACUCAAUUGAGAAUUGUUUACCUGAUGGUAAAAUACUUAAGUUAGUAUUAGACGUAAAAACUCGUUGGAACAGUUUAUUCUACAUGAUCGAACGAUUUUUAAGUAUCUUCAGAAUUAUAUCAGUUAUAAUUUUAGACAAGUCAACAGCUCCUGACUUUGUUACUGCCCACGAAUUGAAUACAAUAAGGGAAAUAAAAACUCUAUUGCAGCCAUUGGAGGAUUUGACUAAAAAAGUAUCGGGCGAUAAAUUUUCUAUCAUGAGUAGCAUUUUACCAUUGGUAAAUUGUGUUACUGCAGCGGUUAACAAUAGUGUCCCAGUAACUGAUAUUGGACUUGAAUUUCAAAAAAAUAUAUUAUAUGAAAUGAACAAACGUUUUAAAGAUUUAGAAAUAUUUUAUAAUUUCCCAUUAAGUACUCUAUUAGACCCCAGUGAACCUCCAGCACCGGCUCAAAGUUUAUCCUUUUCAUCUGAAUUACCACCAAUACCCCCAUCUUUUGAUUUAUGGACAUAUCAUGAAGCUGUGGCGAAUGUACAAAUUUCUCGGAGAACAACACCGAUGUAUCAAGAGCUCUAUGACUAUUUAGCCAAGCCUGUGGUAGACAUUAAAACAGAUCCACUUUACGCUUGGGAAGUGAUGAAGACCAUGUAUCCAAAUCUGUAUAUAAUCGCAAGAGAAAAACUUAGCAUAAUUGCCACAUCUGUUCCUUCUGAGCGAUUUUUUUCCAAAACUGGUCAUACUCUAUCACAAACCCGAAACCGAUUAACAAGUAAGAGGCUGUCGAAAAUUGUUUUUAUGGGUUCUUUAAGUGAACAAGACUGGUUUGAAAUUUCAAUACCCCUAUAA